CACCUCUAAAGCGACUUCUUCCGACCGACGUCUUGUCCUUCCACGUUAAUACCUAUCGAGCCAGAUAUCCUCUUUGUUGUCGCCGCCCAGUCUCACUUCCUAUCCUUCUCACCACGAUUCAACACAAGCAAGCAAAUCCUAUCACCAAACUGACUCCCGUGCGCAACAUUGCGUUCACGCAAGCCUUAUUCUUCUAUACACAGUCCUGCUAUUUUGACUAGCUACUGGCUCGCCUCCCGUACCCUUGGGGGGGCAUUUCUUCCCGGCCGGUUUCAGCAGAGCCUGGCUCAAACUGACGGCACAACAAUAUGGACCAUGGCGCGUGUAAUGUCAUAUACCUGGAUAAGAGAGCAGUUGAUGAGCACGUUCGUCGCAAUACGCUGUCAGAGUCGUGGGCUGUACGAAACAAUUCCACGCCUGGUCCUGGCAAUGAUUCACCGGGAUACUUCCAUUCUGUUCGGCCCAAGAAUCCUACAGAAGUUCUCUCCAAUAUUGAGCACAUCCUCUCUGUCUUCAAUGAAGUUCAUGUAUGCAAUACAGGCGCCUCAUGUCUGACAAGACUAUCAGACUUGAAUGAGAAUCUCGCGGACUUGGUACCUACAAUACUACUGAUUGACAUUCCUCUCAACGAAGAGCGCCGACUCAAACGCCUGUCGCGGGAACCUAGAACACCAUCUCCGAACUCAAUGCGACGUCCUCUUCCUGACAAUUGCGAACCAGACGAUCUAUACGGCAUGCACCUUCUCCAACACGUCGCCUCCGAGAUUCAACAGAGAUCAUUGUCCAGGAUGGUUCUCCCCAUCGCGAUGCUCAGUGGUGUGGAGGAGACCGAGCGACCUGGUGCUCCUGCUAGAACCUCCUCUGCCUCACAGCUCCUGAAUGAGGGCACCCGUUCUCUACGUUACGUAGACGCAGGUGCUGUAGACGUCUACACAAGCCCACUCACCAAAGGACAAGUUCACAGCCUAGCUGUUCAUGCUUACAGGACCCGCAAAGAAGCAUCCAAAGAAGACACGAAUUUUCUCGCCGCUCGUCGGAAUAGGAAGGUGUCAUGGGUCGGCGUGGACGACACAAAACCCUACGCGUAUCUCAGGGAGGUCAUGGUGUCUGGCUUGAUGGGUGGUAUCUGCAAUCCUGAUACCAUUGGCGAUAAUAUUGACCCCAAUGAUAUCGAAGUCCAGCCUGAGAGAAUAGGCGUAAUAGCAAAGAUGAUCGGAACUUGGGAAUUCUCGGCACAUGAUUUCACGGAUGAUGAAUUGCUCUAUGGUGCUCUGCUGAUAUUGAAACAUGCUCUUGGCAUGCCGGAGCUGGAGCAAUGGCGAAUGGACACGGACGAAUUGACAAUUCUUCUCCUCGCCAGUCGUACGGCGUACAAUGAGUUUGUACUUUACCACAAUUUUCGACAUGUGGUCGAUGUCUUGCAGGCUCUUUUCUUCUUCCUAGUGCAGAUAGGAACCCUGCCACCCUAUCCGGCUGGCUCGUCAUCACAACGAAAAUCUCCGCCGUCGGCGCUUGCAGCACUGCUUAAACCGUUUGAUGCUUUGACUCUCUUAGUGUCUGCAGUAGGACAUGAUGUCGGACACCCUGGUGUAAACAACGCCUUCCUUGUCGCGCUCAAUUCGCCCCUGGCUCAGCUGUACAAUGAUCGAUCAGUCCUUGAAUCCUUUCACUGUGCUGCAUACUCCCAAAUACUCAGACGCUACUGGCCUGGCGCGUUCUCGGAUACGGGUAUGCGAAAGCUGAUGAUCAAUAGUAUUCUCGCUACAGAUAUGGGACUGCAUUUCAAGUACAUGGGCGAUUUGGGAAAUUUGCAAAGCCAACUUGCUCACAAUAACAAUACAUUGGAUGGGUGGAGUCCGAAAGUUCUCGAAGAAUACAAGGAGCUGCUCUGCGGUCUCCUCAUAAAAUGCGCAGAUAUUAGCAACGUGGCACGCAAAUUUGACACUGCAGCGAACUGGGCUCGCAUUCUUACAGACGAAUUCAGCAACCAGGGAGACAUGGAACAAGAAUUGGAAAUGCCAACUUGUCUCUUUGGCGGACCCCCAGUCCUAGAUUCUGUGAUCAAGAUGGGCGAGUCCCAAAUUGGCUUCAUGAACAUUUUUGCGCGACCCCUGUUCGAAGCAGUCUCAGAUGUUGUACCGGCCAUGCGGUUCAGCCUUGAUGAAAUCUUAACCAACAAGUCAAUCUGGGAGCGCAAGAUUGAGCUGGAAAGAGAGAAUCAAACCAAGCUCGCUGCCACUGGCAUGCUUAUCCCUAGGCCCAGUUACGACACCGCGCCAAGUCCAUUCUCAGGUAGCUGAAUGCAAUUGAAAGUGUAACAUAGAACUCCUGCUUACGUUGAUUCCAGAGAUCCCAAACGUGGGAGACAGUAAAAAGCAUCAUCAUCCUGAGCCUAGUACCCCAACACGAUCAUCGGUAGUGAAUCCUACCUUUCAGCUGAAUGCAGCUGCCGCGUCUUCAAGACGCUCGUCCCUCGGUGUUAUCUCUCUUUCUGAGAAGGGGUCUCGUCGCUCGUCGAAGCAAUUUCAGUCUUCAGAUAACGCA